AUGCUUUAUCACGAGGAGCGUAAUGAAGAUCAAAGUGAAUCGAUACUGUUUCUGCAUGGCGGAGGAGGCAGCCACAUCGAAUGGAAACUGGUAGCUCAUCAGCAGGCAAUGGCAUCCUAUCACCUCAUACUCGUCGACUUGCCCAUGCACUCUGGAUCUCGUGAUGUUACGCCCUUUACACUCGAAACGGCAGCUGAUGAAGUAGAGAAUGUCAUUCUCAAUCAUGCGCACAGUGGAAAAGCACAUAUCGUCGGGUUCUCAUUGGGUGCUUUCGUCGCCUUGGUCCUCACCUCGCGUCAUCCAGAUGUUGUACUAUCGACAUUUGCAACCGGCGCAUACCCAUAUCGAGGGCUGUUCAAAUGGGUUAUGGCAAGGCCGACAGCGAUGUGGAUUGUGAACAGUAUACAGAACAUCCCUGGUUUAACGGAGAUGGCAUUCAAGAAGCAAGGAAUUGACUAUGAAGACUGGAUGGCUGAGCAGGAGAAGAACAAGUCACCGGAAAGGGACGCAGCAAUGAGGAAAGAACUCAGUGCAUUUAGUAUGGAACAAGUGAAGGCUGUCGCGGGUUCUGGAGUUAGGACCUGUGUUGUUGCGGGCGGUAAGAUGGACCAGGUCGAUGCGAUAAGAGACAUGGGGAAGGUACUUCGAGAUGGCGGACAGGAGAAGGGAGUGAUGAAUGAGGCGGUUGUGGUACGAGAUGCCUAUCAUCCUUGGCAUCUGCAAUUGCCAGAGCUGUUUGCUGAUGGUGUUGGCGCUUGGGUCAACAAUCGAGAGUUGCCGAAGGAGUAUGAGAGACUCUAA